AUGGCUACAGCAGCAACAACAGCCGAGGCGGUAAUGCCCAAGGCUCCCUACAUCGCCCAAGAUGUCCAGCAGGUGGCAGGUAUGGUUCGUGCCCUGGAGAAAGCCACAAAGAAGGGAGCCGCCAGCUUCUCCUGCAAAAAGAACACCUUCGACGUCAAGAACUCCCAGGAUGGCAUCAAGGUGGACUCAUGGAAGAUGCAGGAGUGGGACUACAAGAAGCGCGAUUUGCCCACAUACGCCCGCGGCCUCUUCACAACAAGGAACCGCCACAACGAGCCAGAGAUUGUCACCCGUGGAUAUGACAAGUUCUUCAACGUGGAGGAGGUGCAUGAUACAAAGUGGGACAACAUCCUGAAGAGGACAAAGGGCCCUUACGAGCUCACCCUCAAGGAGAAUGGCUGCAUCAUCUUCAUCUCUGGCCUGGAGGACGGAACACUGCUCGUUUGCAGCAAGCACUCCACUGGAGACCGCGCAGAUGCCGAGCUCAGCCAUGCCACUGCUGGUGAGCGUCUAUUGGAGAAGCAGCUUGCGGCCAUUGGCAAGACGAAGGAGGACCUGGCCCAGGAGUUGAGGAAUCGCAAUGCCACCGCCGUGGCCGAGCUCUGCGACGACUCCUUUGAGGAGCACAUCCUCGAGUACGGCCCGGACAAGGCCGGUCUGUACAUCCACGGAAUCAACCUGAACCUCCCAGAGUUCGCGACCUACCCCAGUGCCGUCGUCCAGAGCUUUGGUGAUACGUGGGGUUUCAAGCAGGUGGGCUUGAUCCUGAUGGACGACAUCAACGAGGUCAAGAAGUUUCUCGAGGAGGUGGCAGAGACCGGAGCCCACGGCGGCCGCGACGUCGAGGGCUUCGUCAUCCGCUGCAAGGAGAGCUACAAGCCAGAGUCGGUGCCCUACCGCGACUGGUUCUUCAAGUACAAGUUCGAGGAGCCCUAUCUCAUGUACCGCCAGUGGAGAGAGUGCACAAAGGCCAUGAUCUCCGGUCGCCCGCCCAAGUACAAGAAGCACGUAAAGAUUACCGAGGAGUACCUUCUCUACGCCCGCCGCCGCCUUCAGGCAGACCCCAAGCUCGGCCAGCUAUACAACCAGAACCACGGCAUCAUCGCCCUGCGCAACGACUUCCUCGCCUUCAAGAACAUGAAGGGCUCCGACGCUGCUAACCUCGAGCUCGACGAGCCGUCCAAUGUGGACGCCGACGUCACCCGCGAUGUCAUCCUCUGCCCCAUCGCGACCAUCGGCUGCGGCAAGACGACCAUCGCCGUCGCCCUGACGCAUCUCUUCCAGUGGGGCCACGUCCAGAACGACAACAUCUCCGGCAAGGGCCGCCCUCCCCGCUUCGUCAAGGCCGUUCUCGACCAGUUGCAGGAAACCCCCGUCGUCGUCGCGGACCGCAACAACGCCCAGAAGCACGAGCGCAAGCAGCUCCUCACCGACGUCAAGAUCCAGCACAAGACGGCCCGCCUCGUCGCCCUCCACUUCGACCACGACGACAACAACGUCGACGAGGUCCGCAGGAUCACCCAGGAGCGCGUCCUCGCCCGCGGCGACAACCACCAGACCAUCCACGCCGCGACCGACGCGAACAAGUUCCUCGGCGUGAUGGAGGGCUUCGUCUCCCGCUUCGAGCCCAUCUCCGCCUUCUCCCCGCCCGACAACGGCUUCGACAACGUCAUCCACCUCGACCCCACCGCCGGAAGCCGCGUGAACCUCGAAAAGGUCAUCAACGAGCUGCACCGCAUGUACCCCAACCUGCUGCCCGAGGUCCCUUCCGCCGAGCGCCUCGACCAGGCGAUACAGUCGGCCUUCAUCGAGUACAAGCCCGAGUUCAAGCACAACAUCCCCGACCGCGGGCCCCGCAAGCAGCCCCAGCAGCAGCAGCAGCCUAAGAAGCAGAAGAAGAAGCCCCUCGAGUACAUGUCUGUCGACGUCCCCGCCCAGGAGGUCCGCGGCGUCCUCGACGGCGCCUUCAAGAAGGCCGGCAUGCCCGCCUCGCGCUUCUACACGCAGCUCGUCCAGACGCGCCGCGUGCAGCCCAAGUUCCACGUCACGCUGAUGCACCGCGCCAGCCUGAAGGAGCACGCGGAGCUGUGGCAGCGCUACAGCGCCAUCCACGCCGAGGCGGAGAAGUCGGUCGAGCACCAGCACCAGCCCCAAAUCCCUCCCGUGGGCGAGUGCGGCGUUGAGAUGGAGAGGGUGGUAUUCGACGACCGCGUCAUGGCCAUCGUCGUGCGCCUGGUUGACGAGACGGAGCGGUGGCAGUGCGUCAACGCCGUCGCGCACAUCACCGUCGGCACCCGCGACGACAACGUCAAGCCCAAGGAGAGCAACGACUUGCUCGCGCGCUGGCUCGAGAACGGCACGGGCGAGGGAACGGGUGUCAGCGAGGUCGUCUUCGACAACAAGCCCAGCCUGCAGGGAACUGUCAGGGGUGUCCUUUCUAGAUAG